AAUUUUUUUUUCUUAAUAGUCUUAUGAACGUGGACUUGGCGUGAUUUUUUUACAGUGAAACUGUUUUUGUUAGGAUUACUUUUACUUGUAUUAUUUGAGUAAAACCUACAAUACAACCAACACUGGUAUGUUAGUCGUCCAAGUACUCCAAGUGCCAGUCAGCCACCACCGUUUAAUAGUUACUAAUCAGAGUGCUCACUUUGUUUUAUAAUUUUUAUAAAAAUAGGUAAAAAUGGGUAUUGACCUUUACUACACACCGGGAAGUUCACCGUGUCGAGCAGUACGUUUGGUAGCUGCGGCUUUAGGAGUUGAUCUUAAUCUUAAACUCAUGAAUCUGAUGGCCGGUGAACACCUCAAACCAGAAUUCAUCAAGCUAAAUCCUCAGCACAGUGUUCCAACUUUAGUUGACAAUGGCUUCAGUCUCUGGGAAAGCCGUGCGAUAAUGGGCUAUCUGGUUAACCAAUACGGAAAAAAUGAUUAUUUGUAUCCAAAAGACCCCAAGACACGAGCUAUUGUUGAUCAAAGACUCUACUAUGAUAUGGGAACAAUGUAUCCAGCAUUUUCCGAUUAUUAUUAUCCAAUCUUAUUUUCCGGUGCACCGGAAGAUAAAUCAAAGUAUGAAAAGAUAGCACCAGCCUUUGAUUUUCUGGAUAAAUUCUUAGAAGGCCAGAGCUAUGUUGCAGGAGACCGUUUGACUAUCGCUGACCUCGCUUUAAUCUGCACAGUAUCAAACUUUGAGUUGAUUAAAUACGACAUAAGUAAAUUUAAGAAUGUCACAAGAUGGGUUGAAAAGAUUAAAUCAGAAGCAGUCAAGUAUGAAGAAGUGAAUGGCGAAGGUCUCAAAGCUUUCCAGUCUUUGAUCGAUAAACUUUUGAAGAACUAAAUUCUUUCUUUUUUUGUUUUUUCUAAACAUGUAAACAUUGAUGCAUUUAUAUAAUUAAUUCAUUUUAUCUAAUACAUAUACUGUUUCAAUAAAAAUUUUUAAUUAAUUUUAUUUCAAUUUUUUAUUUUUUAAAGAUAUGAACAAUGCUUUUGUUGUACACGACAUGUCAGUUGCUGAAAUACAAAUUAAUUACUAAUUUA